CGCCGGCGGACAAUGGGCCGCGCGCCCCGGAGUCCGGGCGCCGAGGCCUGAGGCCCGAGACCCACGCGAGCCGUGGCGCUCGCCUCCUCCCCCGCCGGCGCGAUCCCGGGAGUCUCAGGAGCGGCGGGAACCCGAGCGGCCUCCGGCGCCCACGUGGACGCGCGCGGCGGGGGCGGGGGAGCAGCAAGGUCCCUGCGCGGUCCCGGGCAUGAGCCCUGGGUCCUCGCCCCGGGCCGGACUCGAGCGCCGCCCUCCGGCUUCCUCCCCGCUCCUCCGCUGCCCGCCGCCCCUCCUCCAGCCGCGGGCCCCCUGCGAGGGCCCGGACACCUGCGCGCCGGGCAGCAUGGACAAGUACGAUGACCUGGGCCUGGAGGCCAGCAAGUUCAUCGAGGACCUGAACAUGUACGAGGCCUCCAAGGACGGGCUCUUCCGCGUGGACAGGGGCGCGGGCAACAACCCUGAGUUUGAGGAGACCCGCAGGCUGUUCGCCACCAAGAUGGCCAAGAUCCACCUCCAGCAGCAGCAGCUGUUGCAGGAAGAGCCGCUGCCCCGGGGCGGCCAGGGUCCUGUCCACGGCAGGGGCCACCCAGGCCAAAAGCCUGCUGCCGACGGGGCUGCUAAGCCCCCUCUCUCGGCCUCCGCAGGGGCACCUGGGGUGGCUGGCUCCGCGGUUCCCUGGCAGACCUCGCACCCAGCCCCGGAGCAGAAGGCUGGGCCUUGUGACCCGGGCCCAAGGCCUGGCAGCCAGGAUCGGGCAGCCAGGCAGGGCCUGGGGAGCUCGGAGAGCUCUGCUGGCCACCAGCCGGGCUCCUGCGAAGACCCGGCCUGCCUCACUCACGGAGACUACUACGACAACCUGUCUCGGUCUCCGGCAAGCCCCUCUUGGGGUGACAGGCCAGGUGUGUCCCCCAGCAUUGGCCUGGGGACAGGGAGCAGGUGGCCAGGUGCCCCCGGGAGUGAUCUCUCAUUGCUCAGACCAGGUGGGGACCCGCACCUGUACUGGCCACAGCUGUCCUCCGACAGUGGCCUCCAUGCCCAGGACAGUAGUGGUGGCCCCGGCAGUGAGAAGCCAGCAGGCCUCUGGUCCACCGCCUCAUCCCAGCGGGUAAGCCCGCUCCCUCCGUCCCUGGGCCUGGAGAACGGGGCCCCCAUGCAGCCCCAGAGUCCUCUAGUGUCUGUGCCCCCGGCCUCCAGCCAGGGAGCCCUCCAGAGAGCAAACUCGGAGCUGGGCUGUGAGGCUUCAGGCACCAGGCCCAAGCCCACCGAGGACCCCCAGCCCUGGUUCCAGGACGGGCCCAAGGCUCACCUUUCCGGCUCUGCCUCUGGGCCCAAGCUCAGCCCCGCCGGCCCCGUGCUCCCAGUGCUGCCUUCCCUGCCAGAGCUGUCGUGCAGAGAGGGUCCCACUGGCUGGUGCCCUGAUGGCAGCCUGGGCCCAGGGCUCCCAGAGGCCCCUGGCUCACCCAGGGUGAGGCUGCCCUGCCAGACGCUCCUCCCCGGCCCUGAGCUCGGCCCCUCCGCUGUGGAACUGAAGUUAGAAGCCCUUACCCAGCGCCUGGAGCGAGAGCUGGACGCCCACCCGAAGGCCGACUACUUUGGAGCCUGCGUGAAAUGCAGCAAAGGAGUGUUUGGGGCCGGCCAGGCCUGCCAGGCCAUGGGCAACCUCUACCACGACGCCUGCUUUACCUGUGCCUCCUGCAGCCGGAGACUGAGAGGAAAAGCCUUCUACUUCGUCAACGGCAAAGUAUUCUGUGAGGAAGACUUCCUGUACUCUGGCUUCCAGCAGUCUGCCGACAGAUGUUUUCUUUGUGGACAUCUGAUCAUGGACAUGAUCCUGCAGGCCCUGGGGAAGCCCUACCACCCCGGCUGUUUCCGCUGUGUCAUCUGUAACGAGUGCCUGGAUGGGGUCCCCUUCACGGUGGACUCAGAGAACAAGAUCUACUGUGUCCGAGAUUACCACAAGGUGCUGGCCCCGAAGUGUGCAGCCUGCUGGCUCCCCAUCCUCCCGCCCAAGGGCUCAGACGAGACGAUCCGCGUGGUGUCCAUGGACAGAGACUACCACGUGGAGUGCUACCGCUGCGAGGACUGCGGCCUGGAGCUCAAUGACGAAGACGGUCACCGCUGCUACCCCCUGGAGGACCACCUCUUCUGCCACGCGUGCCACGUGAAGAGGCUGGAGAAAGGGCCCUCGCCCGCGGGCCUCCACUUCUAGGCAGAGCGGCUGGCAGACCCGGCAGGCCUGAGGACCAGGGCGACAUCUGCUGACUCCGGUGGCCCCUGGGCUGGGCUGGGCUGGGACAGAGGAGGAGCAGGGCGUGAGGGCUGCCUCUACCCAGGGAGGCGCCUGCGACUUCCAAGUGCCUUUCGGCCUCGCCACACCACGGGCUCCUCAGGAAGCCACGGCAGCACGUGUGGGGCUUGGGACUCCAGGUGCCAUCCAUGCACGACACCCUCAGCCGCAGCACCCUCUGAAGGGACAGCUCAGCUGCCGAGACCUCAGCCCCUCCCUGGCCAGGCACCCCUCCCCAGGCAGGAGUUCCCCCGCGGGACUGCAGGUCUGCCGAGAGUGGCUGCACACCCUCACUCACAGCCGAGAGAAGGAAGGGCUGGCACACGCUCUGUCGGAACUGGCUGGGAAGCCUUGUCCUCGGACCAUGCUCUGUGUGUCCCCGGCCCCCAGGCGUCCUCGCAUGGGCCCCUGCAGAGGCCUGCCCAGCAGGCUCCGGGAGAGGAGGGCGCAGUGCAGGCACCAGGACUCUCGCUGUCUGGGGCGCUGCUUGGGUCAGAGCUCUCGAGUCUGUGACUUGGGAGUGGCUCCGGCAGGGUGGGCCUCGGGGUCCCGAGCGAGCGGGUGCCUGGCACCUGAUUGAGCUUACUUCACAGUGGAACUCUUGGAAGCUCUGUGCACUUAUUGAGCAAGUGAGCUCCUUGGAACAGGGGAGUGUGAGACCGAUCGCUGAGCCGGCCCAAAGGGAAGGACGUUCGUUUCGAGGCCUCCCUUUUCCCCUUCUUGGCCCAGCUGUUAGGUUCAGAGAAGCCAGCAUCGGGUACAUUGCUUCCCUCUGUGACUUCUGUUUUCCAUCGUUUCUCUGCACGUGCAGUCUUCCACACACACACAAUACCUCACAGACCGUCACUACCUUGCAGUCCAGGAGGAAGUGACGUCGUGGGACUCAGGUACCUCCCCUCACACUCAGACCCGGCUGGUCCGGCUGUGUGCCCGGAACUGAGAUCAGCACCAAGGCCUCUGUGCUCCCCGGGGGCAGACAAGCGGCAGGACGCCCCUGAGUCAGAGGUCGCAUUCCUUGGCACUUCAAACGGGAGAAACUGCUGUAAAAGGGAAAGAAAGAGUGGUCAGGCCUGGGGCUCGCCAGGCACAGUGGUGCACACCUGUGCUCCCAGCACUCAGGAGGCUGAGGCAGCAGGACUGGGCAUGGUGAGGGGCCUGGGGCUGUCUGUGGAGACCCAGGCACAGGUAGAUACAGACUCCUCCCUCGGCCCAGCCCCUCCUGUAGGCCAUUUCCGCUCAUUUGUAGCCACUUCCUGUGAGAAGCACAAAAUCAGCAGUGGAUCUCCUUUGCCAUUCAUGAGAUCCAUGCUGUUGAGCUCCUUUGGCUGAUUUUACUUCCCAGCUUCCUGUGCCCAGGCCGCGCCCUCUGGAAACCUGUGGUCGCAGGGGGCUUGAGGCUGGGCCCCCCUCUUCCUGUCAGGUCUGCCAGCUGGUUGAGGCCUUGGAGCGGAGGCCUUGCUCAGGGCCAGAGUCAGGAAAAUUGCUUGGGACCCCACUUACCCCAUCCCAGAAGCACCAGGAGGUUUUUUGCUAAUUGAGUAGUUUAAAACUUGAUUAAUUUUUGUAAUGAAAUUUUUAACGUGGCCUUGAUUGAGGUGAUUCAGCUGUGUUUGCAAAUACAGCAUUUUAUACUGUUGAAAGAGCAAUAAAGGGUUUUCCAGCAGUCCUGGACGCCCCGCCAGGCACCCAGCCGGGACAGCCACUUCCCUGCCCAGGGCUCGGUGGGGAGCUGCAGUCCUUAACGUUUCUCCAUCUCAAGCCUUUCAGAAGCAGUGAUGUCCACCUCUCUGGGAUUUUAAAUGUUCGGUAAAUUAUUAGCCAAAUAGGUCUGUAAUGGGCUUGUAUCUGUGGAUUUGUAGGAAGAAAAUAGGGCCCUGGUAGACCAGGAUAAGAGGUUUGUUUUGAAAAUUAGAGCAGAGAGCCCCUUCAUGUUUUCUGGACAGCUCUUAGAAAUGGGUGAAGGCUGGACCCAGGCCCAAGAGCCAGCCUGCAUCCUCCCUCGCGCACACGCGCUCUCUCUGUCUCUCCUCUCAGCAAUGUUAGGUCCCAUCUGUUGCUUGGUAAAGAGUGAUGUGUUCAAGUCUUGCCACUAAGCGCACGUGGCUGCAGGACAGGACCCAUUGUCUCGGGUUAGAGCUCCAGGACCUGAGUCCUGGGGGCCGUGAGGAUAAUCAAGGAGCUCGGGAGCCGGGGAUUUAGCUCAGUGGUUCCGCCGCCUGCUCUGCAAGCACAAGGACUAGAGUUCAAUCCCUGGUACCAAAAAAAACAAAAACAAAACAAGGAGCUCCGGUCACUUCCCGCCCUGUCGUCACCUUGCUUCCAUGGGCUUUGGUCACAUUUAGGAAACAAAAAGCAUUAGUGUUGGGACAGAGGGGACACUUGGGGUCCGCUGUCCUCUGCAGUCUGUGGAAGGGUGUUCGUGGGCAAAGGUGACAGCAGUGACCAUGCCUGUCCUUGCAGAGAAAGGAGUCACCGCACCCAUGUUUUAAAACUCUGCCAGGAAACCAAAGUUUUUGCUUUUCCUUUGCCACAAGUCAGUCUUAAUUUCCCAGUUAGUAUUUGAAGCAACUUAAACCAGAAAAUAGGAGUCAAAUAUAGUAGCUCUCUUUUGUUCUGGGCACAAACUGAACAGAUGUGGGAAAUCCCCAUGUAGGAAUGAAAGUUCGUGUGUUUUGCUGAAUAGCAAAAUUAUUUUCCUCUGUCUUUUCUUUUACUAUAAAAUGACUCAAUUACUAUAAAAUGAUCGGAGGUAUCAGCAAUAAAACUGCCCUGAUCUGUAGGCUAUUAAAGUGCUCUCCAAAAUAAAGAUGUUUCCUGUG